AUGUCAUUCAAUUCAUUUGCUGAUACCUUCACUAAGAAGUUUCAGGAGAUAUCCUCUUCCGUGCAACAAAAGGCCCAGGAAGCCAACUUAGACAAACGGUUCAAGGAUUUGUCCAUGACGGUUACUCAGAAGACUCAAGAUUUGACAUCAACUUUGCCGUCGAUUGCUCAAACGACACAUAGAAUGGUUCAAGAGAAGUUGGGACAGAUUACAGAUAUUUCACAAAUGCCGGAGGAGUAUGUUCACAUGGAAAAGAGGGUUGAUAAAAUCAGACUGAUCUAUGAGAACUUUUUAAAAGUGACACAGAUAUAUGAAAGUGAAACCUACGAUUACCCCCAACAUGUCAGUGAGUCUGUGAAUGAGAUUUCGAAGACUGUGACCGGUAAGAUUCAGGAGUUGACCAAGGCGACUUCGACGGAAGAAGCACAAAAUAUUUUGAUCUCUCCCGGACCUGCUAAGGACCCGAAGACGUUGAAUUAUGCUUUGAGUAAAGUUUCAUUGACUUCCAGUGAAUAUUUAAGUAAAUCAGGAUCUGAUAGCAAUGUUACAGCAGACAUUUUGUUGAAGUAUAGUGACAUCCAAGCACAGAUCGCACAGGCUAGACUUCAGCAAGAUAUGCUAAUUCGGACCAGAUUUAAUAAACAGUUGAAAGAAAAAUUAAACAAUGAAUUUGCAGCUGCGGCCAGGGCACGUAAAGAAGUUGAUAACAAACGAUUGCAAUAUGAUAUUGCAAGGGCAAAUUUUUCUGCUGCUAAGCCAGAGAAACAAGCUUCUUUAAGGGUGCAUAUGGAAACACUGGAAGAUGAAUUUGCUGAAGCUAUGGAUGUAUCGAUCUCCUUCAUGCAAUCGGUAAUGGAGAAGUCUGAAUUUUUGAAGGAAUUCAGCGAAUUGGUUGGAGCCCAACUGAAGUAUCAUAAAGUUGCUGCAGAGCUAUUAUCUGAUUUUGUUUCUUCGCUUGAAGCCGACUCGGCAAUCGAUUUCACAACUGGUAAUUACGACUAA